AUGGAUGGAGACACGGACUAUGGCAAAGUUGAGGAUGUUGUGGGCUGCCACGUUGAAGAUGCUGUAACGUUUUGGGCACAGAAUGUCAGUAGAUGUAAUGACCUCUUGAAAUUAAGUUGUGCGCUGGCAGAAGCUUGUCCUCGGGCUAAUGCAGUUUUUGGCACACCUGAUUUUAGUAAGAUUUAUGGUGGGUGUUUUUCUGAAGAUGGAUGUUGGUACAGAUGUAUGGUACAGCGAGUGAUCAACAACGAAAAGUGUCAGGUAUUGUACAUUGACUAUGGAAAUUCUGAGGUUCUGAAUAGAUCAGACAUAGUUGAAAUUCCACCAAACUUGCAAUGUCCGAGUGUUGCCAAGAAAUACGCGCUCUGGGGACUGCAGAUACCAACUCAUCAGAACUUAAACAUGUUUGACCAGGGAAAGAAGUUCUUGAGCAGCCUAGUUUUUGAAAAAGAAAUAAAAAUACGUCACAAAGCCAAGCACAAAGAUGGUACCAUUAUUGCCCAGGCAGAAUGUGAAAAAAUAGAUAUUGGGGAAGAGGUGGCCAAGGCAGGGUUUGCUGCAAAAUGCACAUCUCCAGGAAACACUAAAGAUGCGGAAGAGAAAAAAACAGAUGUCGUUGAAAACCAGCGUCGGAAGAUAAAACUUACAGUUCCAUUGUUGAUAAACAGGUCUGGUCACACACUGUACAGUGCAUCAAGAGGGUACUUUGACCAAGUAGCUGCCAGCACAAGGAAUCGGAAUUUUACUGGAAACCGUAUGUUUGCCCCAAAGGAAAAAAUGCUAGCUUCUACCUCAGUGUCAGACACCAGCUUGGCAGAUAUAAGACCAGAUCAGAAGCUGUCUGAAGAGAAAGAAGUUCUCAGAAGGGAGAAUGUAAAUCUCUUGCAGAGGCAGAAAGAACUAGAACUGAAGGUUCAACAGCUGAAAUGUGAACUUCAGAGAGAGAAGGAAGCAUCCAGGAAAACUGCUGAAAGUUUUGAGGAAACCCUGCGUACGUAUAUUGGAACAAAAAUGAGAAGUUUGGCUGUUAAGGUGAAGGCAUUGAAAGAAGUCAGGCACACAAGUAAGAACAGUUGUUUUGGGGAGCAGCUCUCAGAAGCCAUAAAAGUGGUCACAGAAGGAUGUCUCACUGUUCCGUGUUCCUUGGAAAAAUUGCAGAAGAUUUGGACAGAGUAUGACUUGGCUCAAGAGAGGAUUCAGUUAUGCAGAAAUGUGGAUGAAAGAGAUGAAUUGAUUACCAAGAGGGAUGAGGUGCAGCAGAACUUGUAUUCAGCAGUGGAAGAAUUAAUUUUGGAAGUGGAUCAGCUGCCCCUCUCUGAGCGCUCAAGAACGUUACAGGAACUGUCUGCUUCGCUGGAGAUGGUGUAUGGUCAAGGUUCUGAAGCAGAUGACUCUGAGGAGAUAUUUCAACAGUUCUUUAAGUGGAAGAAUGUUAAAAUGAAGAAGUUAAUUUGUGUCAGAAAUGAUACGGACACAGCUCUGCAAAUUCUUGCUGACUGGUUCAGUGGCAUUGUAAAGGGUUUUGACCUGAUGUCAGAAGCAUCUUCAGAUUUAGAGGAAGUGGUUGGCAAUCUGGAUGAAAUUCUCAAAAAGGUUGAGUUGGCUAUUUGUGAAGAACUGGAUACUGACUUACAUGAGUAUGAUGAAACAGAGAAGGGAAUAAUUAUGAGUGCUUACAAUAAAGUUAUACAUAAAGUUUGUCAGGAGCAAAGUAUGAUCACUGUCAUAAAGAACAGAUACUUGGCCAGUGUUGAGUUCAAGAAACAGGCUGAGGAAUGGCUCAAUAGAAGACCUGAUAUUAACAACUUAUUGUUAAUUAAGAAAACUGUGAAAAGCUUAAAGGCCCAGUUAAGGUGGAAGCUGGUUGAAAAGAACAACUUUGAGGAAUCUGAUGAUUACAGUGAGUUCGAAAUGACAAGAAUAAAAGAGGAAAUUGCUGAUCUGCGAAAUAGGGUUCUUCAGGGAAUAUCCAAGGAACAAGAAGAAUAUGAGAAGCUUACAUAUUUGGUACAGAAAUGGUUCCCUGAAUUACCGCUUCUUUAUCCAGAAGCAGGAAUUCUAAACUUUAUGAACUCCGGCGGACUUCUGACAUACAGCCUGGAGCGAGACCUUUUGGAUGCUGAGCCCAUGAAGGAACUGAGCACGAAGCGACCUUUAGUGUGUUCGGAAAUUCAGGGCCAGAAGGUUCUUUUAAAGGGCUACUCUGUAGAUGUAAGCUCAGAAGCCAAAGUGAUAGAAAGAGUUGCCAAGUAUCACAGAGCUUGGGAUCAACAGAAGGAAAGAUCUGGAUUAUUACAACUGUUCUUCCUUCUUUUCUGCAAGUCUGAUCCUUUGGUAUAUUUAAUGGUCCCGUACUACCCAGGAGCAAGUCUGGGAGCUUUACAGGCUGAUACACCUUUAACUUUAGAAGAGGCAUUAAAAGUGAUGAAAGGAGUGGCCCAAGGUCUACAAACAUUGCAUGGAGCUAAUAUAGUGCAUGGAUCUCUGCAUGGAAAUAAUGUUUUUGCUGUGAAUCGAAAACAAGGAAUCGUUGGAGACUUUGAUUUCACGAAAUCAGAGGAACAACGUGCUGCUGCAAACACUAUGGUUGUCGGUACCCUGAGCUUAGUUUCUCCUGAACUGAAAAUGGGACAGCCAGCUUCUCCAGCCUCUGACAUGUAUGCUUAUGGCUGCCUUCUGUUCUGGCUUUGCAUUCAAAACCAGGAGUUCAGCACAAAAGAAGAUGGAACACCUGAGGUAGAUGUGGUUAUCAUGGAUGAUAAAGUUAAAUCUCUUCUCCUGAAUUUGUUCUGCUGUAACAGACUGACAGCUGAGCAGGUGCUGAGGCAUGAUUGCUUCCUUGUAGUUGAUGCGGUUCUAGUUUCACCACAACCAGGUGAAGAGUAUAAGCCAUGCGAAGAACAUGAUUCUGAGAAGACAGAUGGAAAGAAGAAUGUGAUUAACUGAGGAGAGUGGAGCAAGCCCUACUCAAUAGAUGAUGAACUUUUCCAUCAGGUGUUUGAUUGAGAUGUCUGGUUUUGUUUGGUUUUGAAAUCAUUGUCUGGAUCUGGAAUCUCAAAAUAAUAAAAGGUUUGGCAGG